CCCAAUUAUCUUGGUUCUUCUCAAAUCACCAAAACCCUAAUAACUCAUUUCUCACCUCACCCAUCCGAAAACUCCCCUAGCAUAUGACCUGGCAGCGCAACAUAAAUUCUGCUUCUUGGUUGAAGAAAUAUGAAAUAUUCUCUUUGAGAUACUUUUUUGGUCUCUGUAUAUCCUUCUCAAAGCAACCACAACAGGCCCUUCAUAUUUGUGUGUGUCAAAUGUAUUUAUUUAACCAGCUGGGAGCCAAAGUGUCAUUGUCUGAGAUCUCGGAUAUAUAUUUGCAGUCCCAGCACUUACUGACCUUGUAGCUUUUGCUGGAUUCAUUGCCAUCUGCACAGGGAAACAGAUUUAAUUUCUGGCAAGCAAUCAAGAUCCUUCCCCAUUAAAUAGCUUGCAUAUUUCUUUGACUUCAUGAGCUAUCACUUCUAAGACGCCCUUUGGCAGAACUUCCUUCAGACAAAGAUAGAAACUUUCUCUGCAAAUCUGACGUCCGGACAAGACUAGACCUUGCUAUGACUCCCCAGCAAAAGACCUCAGCUUAUGUCUGGUACCAGCAGAGGUGCUAAGCCAGGUGUGCCGAUUCUGGUUUCUUCCAACCUCCAUGGAAUUUCUUCCAUCUUGCUAGAGUUGUCAAGUUCCGUCGGACAGGAGAAAGCACCCGAUCCGAAGAGGACAUGGUGUCAGGAGAGCACGAAGUUCAGAUUGAGGGUGUCCAGACUGACUUAGAAGCUGUAGAGUUGGAAGAUGGAGGCAUUGUGCCAAAGGAGUUUGCCAACCCAACGGAUGAUACUUUCAUGGUGGAAGACGUGGUGGAAGCAAUUGGGUUUGGCAAAUUCCAGUGGAAACUCUCCGUUCUGACUGGCUUAGCAUGGAUGGCUGAUGCCAUGGAAAUGAUGAUUCUGAGCAUCUUGGCACCUCAGCUUCAUUGUGAGUGGCGAUUACCCACCUGGCAGGUUGCGUUGCUCACAUCGGUGGUUUUCCUGGGAAUGAUGUUUAGUUCCACACUGUGGGGAAAUAUUUCAGACCAAUAUGGUAGAAAAACCGGUCUGAAGAUCAGUGUGCUCUGGACCUUGUACUAUGGAGUCCUUAGUGGAUUUGCACCAGUUUACAGCUGGAUCUUGGUCCUGAGGGGCUUGGUGGGCUUUGGGAUUGGAGGCGUCCCUCAGUCGGUAACAUUAUAUGCAGAAUUCCUCCCCAUGAAAUCCAGAGCGAAGUGCAUAUUGCUGAUUGAGGUCUUCUGGGCCAUUGGAACGGUCUUUGAAGUCCUCCUUGCGGUGUUCGUGAUGCCCACCCUUGGCUGGCGUUGGCUGCUCAUCCUUUCAACUCUCCCUCUCAUGCUGUUUGCCGUCUUGUGUUUUUGGCUGCCGGAAAGUGCCCGAUACGAUGUAUUAACCGGUAACCAAGAAAAGGCCAUUGCGACGUUGAAAAGGAUUGCAACCGAGAAUGGCGCCCCGAUGCCUCUGGGGAAACUGAUUAUGUCUAGGCAGGAAGAUCGAGGGAAAAUGAGGGACUUAUUCACGCCGCAGUUCAGACUGACGACGCUUCUGCUGUGGUUUAUCUGGUUCUCUAAUGCUUUUUCUUACUACGGCCUCGUCUUGCUGACCACGGAGCUGUUCCAAGCAGGAGACCUUUGCAGCCUGUCCAGCAGGAGGAAAACGGUGAAGGCCAAAUGCAGCCUGGCGUGUGAAUUUCUGACAGAAAAGGACUACAUCGAUCUGCUCUGGACCACCCUCUCCGAGUUCCCAGGGGUUCUUGUGACUUUGUGGGUGAUUGACCGGAUCGGCCGCAAGAAAACGAUGGCGCUUUCUUUUCUGGUCUUUGCCUUCUGCAGCCUCUUGCUCUUCCUCUGUGUCGGAAGGAAGGUACUCACCGUGCUGCUCUUCAUCGCCAGGGCCUUCAUUUCGGGAGGAUUCCAGGCUGCGUAUGUUUACACCCCCGAGGUCUACCCCACCGCUACUCGUGCCCUGGGCCUGGGGACAUGCAGUGGAGUGGCCAGAGUUGGCGCCCUCAUCACACCCUUCAUUGCCCAGGUGAUGCUGGAGUCUUCGGUCUAUUUGACAUUGAUCGUUUACAGCGGGUGCUGCAUCUUGGCAGCUUUGGCCUCCUGCUUGCUUCCCAUCGAAACCAGAGGCCGCGGCCUCCAGGAGUCCACCCACAAGGAGUGGGGGCAGGAGAUGUUUGGGCGUGGCGUCCCCCACUCGAACUCUGGCUCUCAAGGGUGACUGCCCCACCUGGAGGAAGUCGACACUCCCAACUCCUGAGAAGUGCAAUAUCUCACUACCAUCCUUGGCCCAAAGAAGGGAUUGUCAACCUGUCCUGGAUCCUUUGUUGCUUGCAUCUUCACCACCCCCACGUGCAAGGAGAGGCAUUCCAUCUGGGAGAUGAAAGUGUGUGUGUGUGUGUUUGUGUGCAUUGAAGAGCAAUGUCUAGCCCCAAAUUUCUACUACGUUUUUCCUGGUGGACAUAGACAACAGGAGAACCGGGUUUUGUUCUUGUUGCCAAGGGAACUUCUCCAUCUCACACAAGCGAUUACCAUGCCUUCAAGGACUCCAUUCUUCACAAGACAUCUAAUGUCUUUCAACCCUGGGAAGCAAACGGGUUCAUAUGUAUGUGUACUCAUGCCUCUAGAGUAGCUCAAAGACACUUGUGAAUUGAUCAGCAGCCUUGCACUCUUUCUAGCACCAUGAACUGUCAAGGUCCACAAACUGCUAACUUAGCUGAAUCUCCUUGGCAACUGGGAUUGUGAGGGUGGGCAGGCAUUUGGAUAAAUGCUGUUCCCCACACCGACGGAGAACUUCCUUGGAUAUUGAAGUCAAUCCUGCCAAAAAAAAAAAAAGGAAAUUUGGAAACACAGCAUACGGUUACGACUGCCUCGUCUCCAAAGGAAGGUUGUGUCGCAGGAAACGUCCACCCAGGUGACCCAAAGGCUGAAAAGUUUUUCUCAGGAGGCAACGAGAGGAGAAAACGCCUGCAAGUUUGGCAAAUGGUGCAUGGCGAGAUCGUUACAGGAAAAAAAAAGUUCUCUCUUGAAUUUAGGUUCAUCCAGUAAAAUGGAAGGGAGCAGAUUCUCUCUUCACGCAGCUCAUCGUAAUGGGGAUGGUUCCUUUGGGCUGCUGUCCACGUUCCCCAACACAGAGGCCUAAGAAUGGGUACAUGCCCUGGUGGUGGUCCUCCAGAGACAUCCAGCUUAUCCAGCCUCUUUCUGUCCCACAAAUGCCAACGGUUUGUAGACAGGAGGAGGAGAAGACGGGGGCCUCGUUUCUAGACAUUCUUCCUCAUUCCUCCAUUUGGCAGAUCUUCUCCAUCAUGCCUACCAGGCUUUGGCUGGCUCAGCGGAGGUGAAAAACAUCUUCUGGCCAUCAUACCUGGACUGGGAAGCCUCAGGUGGUAUUUAAGGAGGCUGCACUUUUGUAGCUAUGAUGUGUGCGCGUGUGCAUGUGUGCCAGAGGCUCAUGCGGGCAACUUCUAACAUGUUUAGGGCCGAGUGCUUCUACUCAGAUGGUUUCGUUCCUUGUGUGACCACUCCCACUUGGCCUAUAAUGAAUUCUAUUCUCUUUUUGAUGGAUACGAAUGGGUUUCUGGGAUCUGGAACAGUUUACCAACUGCUACUUAAAACUGUAGGCAAGUUCUGUUAGUUGUGCAAACUACUUGUACAGAUAGAGCAGCUUCAUGCCGACACAAAAAGGAUGAUCAAAAAGAGAUUGUCCCAGGCCGUUUAAGUUGAUUAGAUUUUUCCCCCCUGACAACACAAACUGAUUUUGCAAGUUUCCAAUUGUUGAGCUGGAAAUCUGCACCGUCGCUUUUUUUCCCCCCCCUUUCUGAUCGUAAGUUUUGGCCUCAUAUUUGAGGAGCAUUUUAAUACCAGAAAUUCACCAACCUAUGUAACGAAGACAGGGCUCUAAACACACCGAGGUCUGCUGGUGUGUGUUCAUUAAAAAAAAAAAAAAGAAGGAACAACGCCAUUUGACAUUCGGUUGUGGUGCUUGGGGCUCAGCGGGUUCUCCAGUUCUCUAACUGGCAAAGCUUUGGGGAAGAGUUUGCUGUCUAUGCUGUGUGGAAUGGUAUUUGUAUUUCUCCGUGUUUGGGGCAGAGGGGUAUUAUUUAAGUGUCUGCUAUGUUUGAAUGUACAGUUUCUAACUGUGACGUGUCUUCUCAAGAUUUCUGUAUCCUGAGCUUCUUGUACUACUAUAUUUUCAUCUGUCUCCGUUAAUUACCACACCAUUUUAGGCAGUGCAAUCCCACACUGGAUAUUUUAUGUUGAAUAAACGAGUAGUUUUUUUAUAAGGAGGAGGGUUACGGCAUUCUCAUUCCCUUAAAAGAAGGCAUUGCGUCCACCCAAGGAAGCCUCCAUCCUCAGGAUGAAAACUCACCACAGCUCUAGUCCCCUUAGGGAAGAGUCUUCUCUGUUCUUUUCUGGAAAUUUGCAGCUGGUGCUGCAAAGUCCACAAUGGAAAACUAGAAUCGGUGAAAAGCAGCUGGAGAUGUCCCUGGGGUUUUGCCCGGAGCCGCUCAGAACAAAGGAUGCAGCCUCCUGCUUGAUCUGUCAGUGCCCGGGAUCUUCCUUCUCCACCUGGCUCUCUGGAAGCCGGUCGCUUCCUUUUGCUGCCCCUGCUAAACUGCCAGGGAAGGUCCUCACCUGGGUAGCUCCUGCUUGCAAUGCAUCUCUGGAGACGUCUUCAACUGUAUUUGGGUGCAUCAGAUUUUGAUCACUUCAAUAGUAAGCCCAGGAGUGUCUCCAACCUUGGCAAUUUGAAGACUCGUGGACUUCCAAUUCCCAGAAUUCCCCAGCCAACAAGGGGAAUCCUGAGAGUUGAAGGCCUCAGGUUUUCCAGUUGCCAGGGUCGGACAACCCUGAAUUAUCCAUUUAUCCUGAUUUACUCAGGUGGACAAUCUCACGUUAAGAAAUGAGUCACAUAAAAAAGAAAAAAAAGAGGCUACCUAAGAAAGUAAUAAGUAAACAUAAAUAAAGGCUCAGUCUUGUAAGUUUUAACAGAGGACAACUCCACUAGGAAUCAGAAGCAAAGAGAAGAUGGAUCAGGAAGCAGACGUAAUUGUUAUUU